UUAGUCAUCCAGGUUCAGUUCUGGAAACUUCUAAAGCUACAGCUUUUGGGGACUUGUGACUUCCAGUAAAGGAAUCCAAGGCUGUGGUCUUGAGAAACUCACUAUCGUUUUCGCUAGGCCUAUCUGGGAAAAAGAGAUGAAACCAUAAAAGCGUUUUAUAAUUGUGCUGUCAAAAACACAGAUCUUUUCUCUGUUGGCAGUUAGUGUUCACAGUAUCUUGAGAUCCUUUAUGUCCUGACAGGCUUCACUCCUCCCUGCCUUCAUUGAAGGGGACAGGAGGAACAAUCACUUAGAAACCAAAAGUUAAAAUCUUACCAAGUUGACUUACUUGAGACAUCUAAUUGUGAAGUGCUGAGGGGCACAGUUGAACCCCUAAAAUCCACCCAAGUUUUGCUACUUUGCCCUGUCAAUUUCCAGCUUCUGUAAUGUGGGCUGGAUCGGUCAGUGUGUCUUCUCUGUUGCUGUAUUCCAGCUAGGUAAGGUGUGUGAGGUCCAAACUGAUGUCAUUCUAGACAGAGUCCAUGUACAUCCCUACAGACUCAGAACAUUCUGGAAUUUACCCUUCAAUACUGUUUUCCUGAGCCUCACACUCACUCAAUAGGCAUGAAAUCAUUCUGUGAGCCUACUCUGCUGUGUGCCAACAAGGGCAUACCAAUAAUUUCCACCCUCUCCUCACCCACAAGAAGCUCAUAGAAGGGCAGGAUCCAGCUCAGAAAGGACAAUACCCCCUUGUUUUUGAUGGAUACUGCAGGUGCAAGCACUCCUUAUUGGCCUCAUCUGGCUUCCAGUAACCAUGUUGUCAGCAGAAAUAAUAUCCAUCUUCAGAAUGAAGACUGGCCACUUUGUUCAAACCAUUCAUGAGUCUGGCUUCUUUCACUAACAGAACCCACUAUGCCUGUCAGGGACAGCUAGACCCUGCUUCUGUCCUCAUCACCCCCAACACAGUGGCGAAUUCAUAAUAGUCACAGCUAGUUUGCUGAGCCAACUGUCAUAAGCCCUUUAUGGCAAUUUCCAAAGGGGAAAUUCCAGAAAGGUCUGGUGCUGUGGCAGUACCGAAGGACGAGUGGGGGGGCUUCUUGGAUCUCAGAUUUGGGGGAACCCAUGGUCAAUUGAAUGUUGAAGUUCUGGUGUGUCUGUCUGUCUCACAAGCUCCUUUUGUAUUUCCCAUGUGCAGGUAAGGUAGGAUCUUGAUUUCUCUGGGAACCUGGCUUGGCUUGUUUUGGGGUAUGUGAUGGAGCUGGUUUGAGCUGUGUGAGAGAAGGUGAACCUAGACCAGGCAAGCCAGGGCUGGUUAGCAACUUUCUACUGUGUCAGGAACCCCAGAGAGAGGCUUCCCAAGUUCUACCCAGUGUUGCCUUUUUUGUUUUUAAGUCCGUAGAAUUUUUUUUUUAAUUGAGCUGUAAUUUACAUACAGUGAAAUUUACCUUUUUUAGUGUACAGCUCUGAAUAUAUACAGUUGUGUAACUAACAUAACAGUCCAGAUACAGAACAUUUCCAUCAUCCCCACCCCCCCGCCAAAUUCCCGUCUCCCUUUGUAGCACAUCCCAGGCCCUGCAACCAGUGAUCUGCUUUCUGCCCUAACACUUUUACCUUUUCCAGAAUGCCUUAUAAAAUGGAAUCACAACAGUACGACUCAGACAGCCUUUUGAGUCUGGCUCCUUUCACUAACAUAAUGCAUUUGAGGUUCGUUUGCAUUGUUUUCUGUACCAGUAACUCGGUCCUUUCUUAUGGCUGAAUACUAUUCCAUCAUGUGGCUAGGCCACAGUUUGAUUAUCCCCCACUGAAGCACAUUUAGGUUUUAAUGGCUGUUGAUAAUUACAAAUCAAGCUUUGAUAAACAUCCGUUCAUGGGCUUUUAUGUAAACACAGGUUUUUAUUUCACGUGGGUAUUCCAACUAGGGGUGGAAUUGUUGGUUUAUAUGGUUGUAGUGCUUUUGAAGGUCUUUUUGAUGAAGAGAAGCAGAGUUGAAAACAGUAGUGAUCAUUUAUUUAAAAUGAAGGCUUUAUCAUCAUCUGAAUCACAUUGUACACAAGCUGAGUGCUUACCAUAAAUACUGAGUGUGCUAAACACUUUACAUUUCAGCAUUUUGCUCACUGGGUGAUCUCAGGCGGCAAGUCACAUGACCUCUCAGAGCCUCAGUUUUCCCACCUGCAAAAUGCAAGUAACAUUAGGCCAAACCCACAGGAUUAUUGCAAGGAGUGAAUGAAUUAAUACAUAUGGAGCACUUAGAGCCAGACUGGCACAUAGUAGGGCCGUGUCAGUGUCAGCUGUCAUUAUAAUGUUCAUUUCCUGGCCCCUCUUAAUUUCAUCCUCAUAGCAACCCUGGGAGUUAAGAUCUAUUGUUAUCUCCAUUUAAUAGAGGACACACCUAAUGUUCCAAGAGAUCAAGCACGUUAGGCAAGAUCACACAGGCUGUAAAUAAGUAAAUAGUGGGUCCCAGAUUUCAGCUGAGGCUGACUGACUCCAGACUCACCUGCUUUGUUCCUACAUCAGUCAGGGUUCUCCCAAAGAAACAGAACCAGGAUAUAUGUGUUUGUGAGUAUGCGUGUGUGUGUGUGUGUGUGUGUGUGUGUGUGUGUGUGUGUGUGUGUGAAUAAACGGUGUAUUUCAAGGCAUUGGCUUACAUGAUUAUGGGUGCUAGCUAGGCAACUCUGAAAUCUGUAGGGCAAAACAGCAGGCUAAGGAGCUGACACUUCUUCCUCAGGGAAACCUCGGUAUUAUUUGCUUUUAAAACAUUUCCACUGAUUGGACAAGACCCAUCCCCAUUAUCCAGGAUCAUCUACUGUACUUCAGUCAACUAAUUAUAGACAUUAACUUAACCACAUCUACAAAAUACUUUCACAACAACACUUAGAUUUGUGUUUAAUUGAACAUCUGGGUACCAAAGCCCAGCCAAACCGAUGCAUACAAUUGAACCAUCCCAUCUUCUCUGAGUUGAGAGCUCAAGAUCUGCUGAGGUUUCUGUGGAGGCCACUUUUCCAUUAAUGUUUUGAAGUAUCCAGUGAAUGUCCAGACAAAAAAAAAUCCUAAGGAGAGGUAUUGGGGUUAUACUGUGUAGUUUGGGUGGGCAGACAAAAAUUCUUGAACAUGACCCUGGCUUACCUAGGAAGGGGGAGUUCCCAACCCUAAGUUUGCCUCCAAAUACAAAGAUACCCAACACCAUGUGAGGACCUUUGGAGUUCUUCACAUCUGUAACUCUAGAUUAAAUUUAUACCAUAAAAUAGUAGCAUUAACCAUGAGGAAGUUCACAAGUGCUGGGUUUUCCUUCGUGAUGAGAACUCUUCUGCUAUUUAUUUAUGUAACUUAUUUUUUAUUUAUGAAACUUUUUAAAAAUUGAAUUAUUUUCCCCUUAUGAUUGUUCAGGGCCCCUGCUGUACUAUAGUUAUGGAUGCCCAGGCCAGACCCAUCAUCCUCCCAGGUUGGCCAGUGUGUGUACUAAUCCAGUCCUUACUGACAUGGUUACCAUUGGUGGGGUCAGUGAGUGGCCAAGGAUCGCCAGCAUCCCCCAACUGGAAAGCGGGGGGAAAGCCAUGGUCUUCUUUCUCAGAAGUCUCAGCUUACACCAAGGCAGCAGUCACCAGCAACAUUUUGCUGUGGUGCUGCCAGGAAGGGGGUGGCUCAGCAGCCCAUCAUUCACCAAGAUGGUUAGUCACCCCUUCGAUAGUACUUCCUCUGUGCCAGGUCUGUCCUGCACACCUUACAAAUGUCGACUUCAUGAGGCAAGUACAACUGCUAUCCUUAUUGUACAGAUGAGGGAACUGAGGCCCCAGAUGGUUCAGUAACCAGCCCAAGGUCAUACAGCCAGAAAGUGCUAAAACUGGGAAUGAAACCUACUGUCUGGCUCCAGAGCCAGUAUCACACCACCCUCACCUCCCAAGCAGCUCUUCCAGGAACCUCCCACCCCAACCACCACCACUGCCUACCCCUUCUUCCCUAUGGCUUCCUCAGUUGGUACCCCUUUCUGAGCCUCCUUUCCCCAUCAGCCCUGCCUUUGACCACAGGCAUCCCAGACUCUCAGAGCCAGAGGGGAUCAUAGACCCUGAGAGGUGUAUGACACACCCAUGCCCCCCCAAAUCAUAAAUGUAGUGGGGAGAAAAAUGAAGCAGGUGCAUUAAAAACAGGCAGGAAUAUUUAUGAAGUGUCCACUGCGACUGGAUGCCAGAUACUGUUCCAGUAUCUGGAUUCUGGCAACUGCAGGCUGGGAAAGAGAUGGAUUUAGCAUGAAAACCAAAGAACAAGAUAAUUUCAGAUUUCAGUGAUAGGUGUUCUUGAGAAAAAGGUAAAGUGAAAGGCAUAAGGAGCCUUUUUCCCCGGAGAGAAGAUCACUCCGGGGAGGUGAGUUUUUGUCCCGGGGCCUCACCUUGCUUUAUAGGAACCUGUAUGGUGAGGACAGGGAUAGUUCUGGGGCUCCUUAUUGCAUUCUCCCCACAGCCAAGAGAAGAGGGCGGGUGGGUAUUUUUCUUCCCUUGUUACAGAAGUCGGGGUAGGGGGGAACCUAGGGCAAGGCAAGGUUAGCCAACUUUCUCAGAAUCACCUGGAGCGAGAACCCCCAUUCUCGGAGCCCCGUGAGAAACCGCAGAGCAGUUCUACUGUCACCUGGGGAAGAGCGGGGCAGCCCUAAGGAGAGGGGCCACAUCCGGCCCGCCCCUUCCCGAGAGGUGUGCCGUAACCUAUUGACCCAAGCUGGGGGAUGACACACGCGGCCGACUGGGGUCCGCGAAGGCAGUGAAAAAAGGUCGCGAUUGGCUCCCCGUCAAGUGGGCGGGGCCCUCGUCGCUCGGUGCGCGCGCCGCGGGGAGGCGUUGCCGAGGGCGGAGCGGGAGGGGGCGUGGCCGCGCGCGGGCAGCCGUUGGCGGCUAAGCCCCGCCCCGGACGUCGCGCGUCGCCGACUGGGAGGCGGCGAUUGGUCGGAGCGGCGCGGGGGGCGGGGCAGAAGGUUCUGGAGGGGGCUGGCGGGCUCUGGAAGCUUCCGCCGGACGGGUAUAUAGAGUCCGGGACGGGGCGGCGGCGAAGCCGGGGUACGGCGACAGCUGGGCGGCGGGCCGCAGGCGGGUGCUAUGGGCAAGGACUAUUACCAGACGCUGGGCCUGGCCCGCGGCGCGUCGGACGAGGAAAUCAAGCGGGCUUACCGCCGCCAGGCGCUACGCUACCACCCGGACAAGAACAAGGAGCCUGGCGCCGAGGAGAAGUUCAAGGAGAUCGCCGAGGCCUACGACGUGCUCAGCGACCCGCGCAAGCGUGAGAUCUUUGACCGCUUCGGGGAAGAAGGUCUAAAGGGUGGUGGCCCCAGUGGUGGGAGCAGUGGUGGUGCUAAUGGUACCUCUUUCAGCUACACAUUCCAUGGAGAUCCUCAUGCCAUGUUUGCAGAGUUCUUCGGUGGCCGAAAUCCCUUUGACACCUUUUUUGGGCAGCGGAACGGGGAGGAAGGCAUGGACAUUGAUGACCCGUUCUCUGGCUUCCCCAUGGGCAUGGGUGGUUUCACCAACAUGAACUUUGGCCGUUCCCGUCCUGCCCAAGAGCCCACCCGAAAGAAGCAAGAUCCCCCCGUCACCCACGACCUUAGGGUCUCGCUUGAAGAGAUCUAUAGCGGCUGUACCAAGAAGAUGAAAAUCUCCCAUAAGCGGCUGAACCCCGAUGGAAAGAGCAUUCGCAACGAAGACAAGAUCUUGACCAUCGAAGUGAAGCGGGGGUGGAAAGAAGGGACCAAAAUCACCUUCCCCAAGGAAGGCGACCAGACCUCCAACAACAUUCCAGCUGACAUUGUCUUUGUUUUAAAGGACAAGCCACACAAUAUCUUUAAGAGAGAUGGCUCUGAUGUCAUUUACCCAGCUAAGAUCAGCCUUCGGGAGGCUCUGUGUGGCUGCACAGUGAACGUACCCACUCUGGACGGCAGGACCAUACCCGUUGUGUUCAAAGAUGUCAUCAGGCCUGGCAUGCGGCGAAAAGUUCCUGGAGAAGGCCUCCCCCUCCCCAAAACGCCCGAGAAACGCGGGGACCUCAUUAUUGAGUUUGAAGUGAUCUUCCCUGAAAGGAUUCCCCAGACGUCAAGAACCGUACUUGAGCAGAUUCUUCCAAUAUAGUCUCCUGUGUUUCCCAAGGACUGACCAGGGACCUUUCCAGAGCUCAAGGAUUUCCGGACCGUUCCACCAGUUGUGGACCCGUGAGAGGGCGGGAGGGCCCAGGGAGGGCUUUCGUACUGCUGAAUGUUUUCCAGAGAAUAUAUUACAAUCUUUCAAAGUCGUACAUUAGACUUAAGUGGUUUUUCGAGCGAUAGGGCAGCAGGUGGUGGGGACAGCAGGAAAAGGCAUUCCAGUCUGUCCCACUGGUUCCUGCAGCCCUCCCGGAAUGGGCCCGCACCCUCCUCCAGGCCCCGCCCAUGGUCAAGAGGCAGACCCACAGCUGGACUUGAUGUGUCUAUAGUCCCUUGACUUAUGGCCGUUAGGUGGUGCCAACCUGCCAUCUUGGUUACCAGACCCUGUACACUCCUCAGUUUCUGUUGUGUGAUCAGUUUGUGUUUUAUUCUGUAUUUGUCUCCCCCGUCUUGCUCUUCCCCUGAAGAAUCCUGUUUUCUCUUUUGCCAUCUCAAAUUGAGAACCAACUUCGAUUACUUUUGCAAAACUGCCUGGCUGGCACCCACAAGCAAUACCUCUUGUUCCAGCAGGACCAGGGGAGCCAGCCUCAUGUGAAUGAGUUGCACAGAUGCUUCUCCCUAGAGGGUCAGGGGCCCUGGACAGAGUAGGGGACCUUCUCGACCCCGGACUCUGAAGCCACGUGCACUCACUUAUGGGUCACACUCUUUUGUUUUGUUUUGUUUUGUUUUGUUUUAUCUAUAAGGCAAUCUUUUGGCACACCUGGGGCUUACAAGUGCCCAGGUAAUUUUUCUUCUUAAUGGACUCUGGACUCUUUCAAAAGGAUCUGAUUCUUUUGAAUUUUGCACAGCUCUAGAUAUAAUCCCUUUUGAUAAAAGGGUCUUUGCUUCUGAUUACAGGAGCAUUGUGGAACGUCUGUAAAUAUGUUUUUAUAAUUCUGUGUAAUGUUGGUGUGCCCUCAAAGGAAACCAGCCCACGGCAGCUGCUGCUCUCUGUACAGGGCCACGAUGGAAUUCAAAAGGAACCUUGGGAGUUGGGGAGGGGGGCCGGGUUGGAACAAGUGUCUGUUCCUUGCAGGCCAGUCUGGUGCUCAGACCUUUAGACUCAUUGUAAGUUGCCACUGCCAACAUGAGACCAAAGCGUGUGACUUGUCAAUGUGCAGCACGACAGCAUUAAAGACUGAUGCUAAACCUCA